AUGGAUAUCAUUACGUCAGUUACAUCAGCUCAGCCUACUUCCUUCCUAGGAAAGGUAGUUGAAAUCUGCAUUGUCUCUUCAGACUGCAAAAAGACAAUCUCGGAACUCACAAAACUCGGCGUCGGCCCUUUCCGAAUCUUUGAGUUCAACGCAAACACCGUGUCCGAUCGUUAUUUCCGCGGCCAACCUGCAGAGUUCGAACUACUAGUCGCCUUUGCAGACACAGGCGACAUGGUAUGGGAGAUCAUGCAGCCUGUUUCUGGACCAUCAAUUAUGCAAGAGUUUCUCGAGAGAGGCGGACAAGGGAUUCACCAUGUGGCUUUUGAUUGCAAUCAUGUUCCACAGCAGCAACGCAAGGAAGAAUUCAAACGACGUGGAUUUGAGGUUCUGCAGUCGGGUAUAUGGCAUGGAAAGAAGGGGACUUGUGAAUUUGUGUUCUACGAUACAGAGGGAGCUAUAGGAACAUGCUUUGAGUCGUAUAGCUUUUCGGAUGAUUGGGAGGAACCGGAUGAGGUGGUCAAUGGUGUUUGA